UAAGUGAAAUUUAAUAUAUAAUGUAAAAAUUGGCGUUAAGAUACUUUGAACCUAAUAUAUCUUAUAAAAACUGAAUCUUUUGUAUUAUUAUAAGUGAAUUACGUUUAGGCUUUACUUAAAAAUAUGGCAAAAGGGAAAAAGUUUAUUAGCAAGAAAAGGAAGGGAUCUCACAAACCCAUAAACAAACGAAAAAAGAGAACAACCAAGGAAAAUGAAGUUACAAAUAAGAAAGCAAUUUUUAAUAGAUAUAAAGAUAAACAUAAAGUUGAAGAAGAGUUCGCUAAAAAAAAGCAGAUGGAGGAAAAGUUUCGUAAACAACAGACAACCUAUUCGGAAAGUGAAGAAGAGGAAGACGACGCAUAUAGACAGUUAGUCUCAUGUUUUAAAUCCAGUCGUAAAAAAGACGUCGUUGCAGACAGUGAUGAUGAAGAGAUGUCAACUAGUGAGGAAUCAAAUAUUAGUGAAAGCUUAAAUGAGACUGCUACAAACGAUGAAACCACUCUGAUUGAACAUAUGAGUGAUGAAAAUAAUGAAAUUUGUAGUAAUGAUGACAGCACUGAAAGUUCUGAUGAAGAAUAUUUGGUAAAAGAAGAAUGUGAUCCAGAAACUGAAGUAGAUGCAACAGAAGACCCUUUCAUUAAGCAUUUGCAGUAUGAGUUACAGGAUGAAUUACUUGUGUCUCUGUCUAACAUACCACGAACUGAAAAACACAUAACCAAGUCUUGGUCAGUGCUUGGCAAUUUAGCUAUUAGUAUACCACAGCCAGUUGAAACAUCAUCUAAGAAAUCAAAGCCCAAGUUUAGUAUAUUAGAAGAAAAAACAUAUGCACCCAUUGCAACAAUACCACAAGUAUACAAUAAAGUAAACUUCAAUCAACUUUAUAUAAAAUCUCAGAUAAGUGGAAAUGUUGUAUCUGCUAAUAAAAUAAACCUGAUAAAAAGGGAUUUGGAUAUUGCUGAUGUUUUAACACCCUUGCAGAAGGAAUUGUUUUCUGUUAUAAAUAUUUACCAGGACCUGAUGUUCCCAGAGAGGACUUUUACAAAUGCAGAUGAGAUUAGGUUUACUUAUUGCCUGCAUGUUGUUAAUCAUGUGUUAAAGACAAGAACAAAGAUUCUGCACCACAAUGCAAAAUUAGCUAAGAAGUCUGAUUUGUCUGAGGAGUACCGGGAUCAGGGAUUAGUAAGACCAAAGGUGCUUAUACUAGUUCCAUUUAAAGAUGCAGCUUAUAGAGUUGUCAAGACACUGAUUGACUUAGUUGUACCAAAGGAAGCGGGUCAAGUAGUGAACAAAAAUAGGUUUGAAGAUGAUUUUACAGGUGGAGAGUUGAUAAUGCCCAGUAAGAAUCCAAAACCUGAAGAUUAUGAGCUUCUUUUUAGUGGCAACACAGAUGAUACAUUCAGAUUAGGAAUGACUUUGACAAAGAAAACAUUGAAGUUGUACACAGAUUUUUAUUCAUCAGACAUACUUAUAGCCUCUCCUCUCGGACUCCGUAUGAUUGUUGGUGCUGAGGGUGAGGAGGAUCGAGACUUUGAUUUUCUGGCAUCUAUAGAAUUGCUUAUAAUGGACCAGACUGACAUAUUCUAUAUGCAAAAUUGGGAUCAUCUGUUGCAUAUUUUAGAUCACUUUCACAUGCAGCCUAAAAAAACACAUGGCACUGAUUUCUCUAGAGUUAGGUCAUGGGCUGUAAACGGAUGGACUAAAUAUUAUCGACAAACAUUAGUGUUUUCUUCAAUACCACUGCCAGAGAUCAUGUCAGUGAUGAAUAAAAAAUGCCAAAACUAUGCAGGGAAAGUUUUGGUAGUUAACAAACCUGAUGUAGGCAGUAUACAGCAAGUCUUAGUACAAGUACCACAGCUGUUUCACAGAUUCAAUGCCGCCAACCCACUUGCAUCUGUUGAUGCAAGGUUUGAAUAUUUCGUGAAAGAAAUUCUUCCAAAACAGCGCGAUACACUUAUGAGUCAUACUCUUAUUUACGUGCCGAGCUAUUUUGAUUUUGUAAGGAUAAGGAACUAUUUCAAAAAGGAAGAUAUUGGCUUUGUUCAAAUAUGUGAAUAUUCGAAGGACCCAAAAAUAGCUCGUGCACGAGAUAUGUUCUUCCACACUGAAGCACAUUUUUUGUUAUAUUCGGAAAGAGUGCAUUUCUUCAGAAGAUUUCGAAUUAAAGGAGUGAGGCACAUCAUAUUUUACCAGCCACCUACCUACCCUCAUUUCUACUCGGAAAUGUGUAAUCUUAUGCAGGAGAGUAAUCAGAAUAAAUAUGGCGGCAGUGACUGCAAUAUGACAGUGACAGUUUUAUAUUGCAAGUAUGACAUGCAACGAGCCGCGGCGAUACUCGGAGCCGAUCGCAUCGCGAGAAUGGCUGCGUCAGAGAAAUCUGUUCAUAUGUACGUCACCGGAGACUAAUAAAUGCUAUACAACCAUA